UUAAUCUCGAUGGUGCUCCUUGCUCCUUCAUGUGAUACUACAAAAAGUGCAGUAAAUAAAAUUUCCGAUAAGAAAACGAAAAGAAAAGACGAGCAGAAACGACACGGCUAGAUAAAUAAAUCAAACUCAACAAACAAGAAAAACAAAAAAAGCAAAAGUUAUUUACAUUUCUACGAUUAACAACAAAAACUCGCUAAUAAAACAAACAAAAUGAUUCCAGCGCUAAUCUAUCCCUGGCGAUGUUGUUAAUUUUUUCGUUUCGUCGAAAUCAAACUCAAGUAAUCUCUCACCAAUAAAACCAAGAAAUCUCUCCUCAGAAACUCAACUCGACAAAAGUCGAAAUAAAACGACCUGGAUAACCAUUUUAUUAGUUAAAAAUAAAAGUAACCAACAGUGUAAGCUUCCAAGUUCCCAUUCAUAAUGGCUUCUACAAUGCAACUGGAAUUCGCCCAAGCCAUGUCCGACUUUAAGACCAUGUUCCCAGACAUGGACCGUGAUGUUAUCGAGGCUGUGCUGAGGGCCAAUCAAGGCGCUGUCGAUGCAACCAUUGACCAGCUCCUGGCCAUGAGUACGGAUAACCAGGUAGGAGUGAAUGAAAAACUGCGCAAUGAGAUGGACAAACCACCAAUGAUGGGGGGAACACCUUCAGCUCGCAGUCCACCGAAACCAGUGGUUGACAGUGUACAGCUGAUCGACACGUCGGAUGGCAGUGAACCACCUCUGCUGAACCUGCUGCCGCCGUCGCAAACGAUAUUGGCAGCUAAUACUGGUGCUUCGCCCAAGCAGAAAUCCACAGUCUUACGACAACAACCACCCACUACUCAACUAGGCACACCGUCAAAACGCGAAGGGCAGCGAAGAUGGAACCCACCUCUGCUAGGACCCCUUCCACCAGGCUUCCUGCGAAUUCAAUCAGCGGAUCGCCCGGCCGGCGAAUUCGACCUUCCCGACGAGCAGUUCGCAAUGAUGUUACAAAAUGAAGAGUUCAUGAACGAACUGCGCUGGAACCAAGAGUUCAUGACGGCUCUCGAGAAGGAACAGCAGGAUAAAGCUCGCGGUGAAGACGAUGCGGCGUUCAAGGAGCGCCUCAAACACAUGGGCAAAGUGUCACGCAAGAAAUUCCUUCAAAUGGCUCGUGUAUUUACGUGGCAGAGAAAUAAAAAAGUCACCUCGGCUAAACAAAUCGAUUCACUUCCUCUCAAAGAGGAGCCCAGUGACGAUGAGGACCAUCAUUUACAGGUGAGAAAAUAGGCUGCUCUCGUUGUCUUUGUUGUUGUCGUUAUCGUUAUCGGUCACAGACACAUUUUGCUAAUCACAAAGCAAUUUGUUAAAACGAACAUAUUUUUGCGCAGCGCUAUUGUUAGAAAAAAAAAAAAAAACAAAACAAAAGAAAAAUUAAUAAAAGAAAAACGGUGUGAUAAGAGAUUCCAUUCGAUAUCAAAAAUCAUUAAAUUUAAAUUUUUAUUGCUUAAUUAGAGUGAAUAGAGGGAGGAAGUAUGUUUUUUUUCCUUUUCUGUUAUUAAUUUUAAAUAUCAUUAUAAAAUUGGUUGUGUGUUAAAAACCAAAAUGAGAUACAUAUAUUUUUUUUACAUUGACCUUUUAACAUUGUCAUCAUAAUUCGUUUGUUCAUUUAUUAAUUUUUAAGAUGCGCAUUUCGAUUGCGUUUUUGAAAGACUUACCAUUUUUGAUUUAGUAAUUAUAUCGGGGCUUUAUGUAUUAUUUUGGGAAAAGAAUAACAUAGCAAUUUUAAGAAUCACGUGAGUGGUUCUUUUUUUUUUCUUAUUAAUGAGAAUCUAAAUCUGUGUGCAAUAAUUUUUAAGAUUUAUAUCAUCUUCAUUAUUUUAUAGCUGUAUAUUUGUUUACAAAAUAAAUAAACUUUGCGUUUAGUAAAAGACUUAAAGGAGGCAAAAUAUGGCAUAGUAUCUAUUUAUACUCUAUUGAAAAUAGAUUGGUUUAAAAGAAAACUUUUCUCCAAAACUUGAAAUAGUAUAUCUUUUAAAUGAAUUGAGUUGCAAAGUUGAAAAAUUCGAUAUAAUUUUGAAUGCAGUACAAGAAACUGAGUUGAUCUUUUUAAAGCAUCCAAAACCCCAACAUAGACCUCCCCCAAUCCAACAAUCUGAAAAUACGCCCGUACAAAAAGCCAA